CGUACACCAUCGCGGUUCGUUCAUUCUGUUGAUAAUUCUAGUCAAUUAAUUCAGCGAUUAUUUUUAAAAAGUAAUAAAUACAAAAAUCUAUCAGUUUGUGUUGUUGUUGAGUGUUAAUUAAUAAAUAAUUCAAGAUGUGUGACGAUGAUGUGGCCGCUCUUGUUGUUGACAAUGGAUCUGGGAUGUGCAAAGCCGGUUUCGCGGGGGAUGACGCACCCCGUGCUGUUUUUCCAUCGAUUGUCGGCAGACCUAGAUACCAGGGAAUAAUGGUGGGCAUGGGUCAAAAAGACAGUUACGUUGGAGAUGAAGCCCAAAGCAAACGGGGUGUGCUGACAGUUAAAUACCCGAUCGAGCAUGGGAUCGUUACUAAUUGGGAUGAUAUGGAAAAAAUUUGGCACCACACAUUUUACAAUGAGUUGAGAAUCGCGCCUGAAGAACAUCCGGUCCUAUUAACGGAAGCGCCGUUGAAUCCCAAAGCAAAUAGAGAAAAAAUGACCCAGAUUAUGUUUGAAACUUUCAAUUCACCCGCAAUGUACGUAGCCAUUCAAGCUGUGCUGUCACUAUAUGCGUCGGGAAGAACUACGGGUAUUGUUUUGGAUAGCGGAGACGGUGUUUCUCACACGGUCCCCAUUUAUGAAGGAUACGCUUUGCCGCAUGCAAUUUUGCGUCUUGAUCUUGCGGGCCGAGAUCUCACGGAUUACUUGAUGAAGAUCCUCACUGAGCGAGGAUACUCAUUUACAACCACCGCCGAACGUGAAAUUGUACGCGAUAUCAAGGAGAAACUCUGCUAUGUUGCUCUUGACUUCCAGCAGGAAAUGGCUACGGCUGCGGAGUCAAGUGCUCUUGAAAAAAGUUACGAGCUUCCAGACGGACAGGUAAUAACAAUUGGAAAUGAACGUUUCCGAUGUCCUGAGGCGAUGUUCCAACCCAGCUUCCUCGGUAUGGAGUCAUGCGGGAUUCAUGAAACAACUUAUAACUCUAUAAUGAAGUGUGAUGUUGAUAUCCGUAAAGAUCUUUACGCAAAUUCAGUUCUAUCUGGUGGUACUACGAUGUAUCCGGGUAUCGCUGAUAGAAUGCAGAAAGAAAUAACAGCGCUUGCUCCUUCGACCAUGAAAAUAAAAAUAAUCGCUCCACCGGAGAGGAAGUACUCGGUAUGGAUUGGUGGCUCUAUCCUGGCGAGUCUCAGUACAUUCCAACAGAUGUGGAUUUCUAAGCAAGAGUACGAUGAAUCUGGACCAUCAAUUGUUCACAGAAAAUGCUUUUAAUUUUCUUUUCUUCUUUUUUUUUAAUUACCGGAGACUUUUAAUUUAUUUAUUAUCCAUUAACCAGAUUAAUUUCUUACCUAUCAUUGUCUUAACUCGUUUGUCAUAAAAUAUUUACAAUAAUUAAAAUUUUAUUAUCUCUAUUAUUAAAAGUACAAGGGAUAAAUGAAAUUUAUUAUUUUUCAAUUCACAUUACGCAUACGAUUAUUAUUUAUUCUAUUAUAUAUAUUUUUUUUUAUUUCUAAAAUAUAUAUAGCAAUAGUAUAAUACAGCUCGGUAAAUUAUUGAGACAGAUCUGAAAGUAAACUCCACUUUUUUUCUUUUUUUUCCUUAAAAUUUUUACAUUAAUUAUAAUAUGUAUACUUUUAUUAUAUCUUUGUUGUUUUCUUAUUGUAAUUUGUUGAUAUUUAUACGCCGUACAAAUACCUAAUCAUUUAUUAUUAACGUAUUAAUUUUCAAUAAAAUAAUAAAAUAAAAUUUUUAUAACAUAAUUAUUAAGAAAUAAUAAUUAUUUAAUAGAAAUAAAAGAUAAAAUAAUAAAAGUUAUUUAUAAAAUUUUUUAUUUACAUGUUAAUUGUACUUUUUAGGCUCACAAAACCUCGGGUUAAAUAGUUUGUUUUUUUUUUUUUCGACGAUAAUUUAAUAACUGGACGGUUAAUUAAAUUUUUUUUUUUAAUAUUUCAACAUGAAAAUAAUUUUUUUUUUACAAUGCCGAUCCCAAAAUUUAAAAAUAAACUAUAAUUAAAUUCCUGUAUUCAAUGUCUUUAUCUAUUCUCAUUUAAUUAAUAAUUCAUUACAAUAUAUCCCCAAUUAAAAUUAAAAAAAUAAAUGAUAUAUAAAAUGAAUGAAAAUUACAACAGGUGUAGUAAUUAAAACUUAAAUUAUAGUUUGUCAUAAUAAAAUGUUAUAUAAAAACAAAUAAGGCUCAUAAUUGGGGCUUUGUAACUCAAGUCUUUAAUCCUAGACUAUUAUUGUAAUUAUUAUUAUUUGUUAUAUGCUGAUUACUUUUCCUAAAAUUUUUACAUUCAUACAAAAAAUAUACUUUUAAUUUUAUAGAAGACGAAAUUUUAUAAAUAAAUCAUUCAAUGUUUUAAUAAACUAACGGAAAAAAAAAAAUUAUAUUUAGCUUCUCUUAAAUCAUAGUGAAAGUCCAUAUAUAUAUUUAUCAAAUUUAUUUAACAUGUAUCAAACAUCUACUCAUUUUAUUUAUAAAACAGUUUCAAUAAUAAAAAUAAUUUAAAAAAAAAAA